GUCAUUCUCCUUCUUGCCUGCCACUUCACAGUGUCUCCAGCGUCAGCCUGCGGCCGGACACUAUGGUUCGUUCUGCGGUGCUGCUGCUGCUCGGACUCGCAGUGUCGUGCCGGGCAGACUUCACUCCACCUACACUGAAUAUCAGCCUGGAUGAAGAUCCAGAAGUGCGAUGGCUGCCUCUAAUCAAAGUCUUUGACGUAGACUACCUGAAGAAAGCCGCCGCAGAGGUCAUUGACACGACAGUUCCAAAAUGGGUGCAUCAUGCAGUUAAACCUAUUGUGAUGGCCUUGGAAAAGUACAUUCCUCAGCCGUACGCUGGAGAGAUCCGUGGCAUGGCCUCAAACUUGGGAGGAAGCCUUUCAGAUGUCAUCAUUCUAAACUUUGCUUAUGAAAUAUCUGCAUUUUGCACUAGCAUCGUAGCUCAGGACAAAAAUGGGCACGUGUACCACGGCAGGAACCUUGAUUAUCCGCAUCCUAUUCUGAGGAAUCUUACUAUCAACGUUGUUUUCCUCAAGAAUGGAGAGGUGGCGUAUCGUGGAACUUCAUUUGCUGGUUACGUUGGCCUGUGGACGGGACAGAGUCCUAACAAGUUUACUGUCUCUGGCGACCAGCGAGGAAACGAACACUGGUGGAACUGGUGGAAAAAUGUGGUGUCUGCUUUCCUCUUUCGGAGAUCCCCUGUGAGCUGGCUGGUGAGGGAGACUCUGGAGGAAGCAGAGAACUUUCAGGAUGCAGUGAUGCGUCUUUCCAAAAUCCCCAUCAUCACUGGAGUGUAUUACAUUGUGGCUGGGGUGCGAGCGGGGGAAGGGGCCGUCAUCACCAGGGACCGGAUGGGCCCCGCUGAUAUCUGGCCACUGGAUCCCGUGAAUGGAGGAUGGUACAGAGUUGAGACAAACUUUGACCACUGGCUUCCUCCCCCAGCCAGGGAUCAUCGAAGAGACGCAGCCAACAAAGCACUAAAUGCUACCGGCCAAGAUCUCAUCAACAUGGAUACACUUUAUCAGGUUUUGUCGUUGUAUCCAGUGUGUAAUGGAAUUACUGUUUACACAACAACAAUGAGUGCAGCAGCCCCUGAGAAGUACAAUACACUUGUCAGGCCACAGGGCUGCCGACUGAACUGACAGGCACUGAGCAGUCAACAACGCACAGAUUUUUGCUGCAGUGUCCGUGUGUGUCUGAACUUCACAACAUGGUUAUACUGUAUGCAGAUUCGUGAUCAUGUGGACAUGAUAUAAUCAGAGAUUAGAAGGGAAUUGGACUCAAGCAUUUUUAGGGUGACUGUUGUUUUCUGCCUGUAAUAAAAGAAAAAAAAAUGUG